UUAUAGCACAUAAAAUUACCAUAAACAAAGAAUUCGCUGCCAAACGACUUGAUAUACUUACUGUUAGGUCAAACAGCUCUAUGUUUAGCGGAUGUAUGAUUUGAAUCAAAAGAAAUAGUCAAAAUUAUUUAGGUGGUGUCUUAUCUCUUCAAUACGUCCCCACUGAGGAGCUCGGAGUCUACCUUAACUGAGACGGUAUAUAGUUUUCAAGAGACUCAAUAAAGAUGAUGAAACAAGCAAUAUAUGAUUGUACGAUAAUUUUAAUAUUAUUUAAAUAUGUGGCUACAUAUAGAGCGCAUGAUACAUCGACUACUCCGGAUAUUCAAUCUACAAUGAUGGGCGAUGUUGUUGAUUACGAUACCGAUAGUGAAAAAGAGAAUGAACUAACGUCAGCCCCAAUAUGUACUGCAUAUCAAUCAAACUGUACAAAGACUCGUUACCGGUCAUACGAUGGAUCUUGCAAUAAUUUAGCAAAUCCCACUUGGGGAACACCAAAUAAUGCCUACGAAAAUAUGGUACAAAGUAACUAUGCAGAUGGUGUAAACUCAUGGCCCACGGCUUCAGAUGGUGGGUCAUUGCCUAAUACUCGAGAGAUUAGCAUAAAAAUAUUUAUACCAAAACUAGAAAUCGAACAUAAGUGGAACUUAAAUACUCAACAAUGGGGGCAAAUAGUUGCGCAUGACUUGUCGCUGACAGCUGGACCCGAUAAAGCAAAACUAGAAAGGCCUGUAUGCUGCGACGACAAUGGAAAUAUAGCUCCAGAUGCGGGCACCCAUCCACUUUGCCGUCAUAUCCCAAUACCACCUGAUGAUGAUUUUCAUGUACCAGAAGGAAAGCAAUGUAUGAACUUUAUAAGGACAACAUCUACUAAAGAUAUAAAUUGUACUGGUCCUAAUGAUCUCGCUUCUCCGUUGUCUGUGGUUACUUCUUAUAUGGAUUUAUCUCUAACGUAUGGAAAUGAUGAGAGACAUGCAAAGGCGAUUAGAGAAGGCAGCGGAGGUCGUAUGUGGACAACAGUACGAAAUGGCUACGAAUGGCCCCCGCAGACCGGCAACAUUAAAAAAGAUUGCAUAGGUGUACAUUCAACUGACGAACCAUGUUAUUUGCUAGGUGAUACUAGAGGUAAUCAGAGUCCACAACUGACGGCACUGCACAUAAUUCUCGUCAAUGAGCACAACCGCAUUGCCGAUGCUCUGUCCACUUUGAAUCCGCAUUGGGACGAUGAGAAGAUCUACCAAGAGGCGCGUAGAAUUGCAAUCGCCGAAACACAGCAUAUUAACUAUUACGAAUAUUUAAUUAUACUUCUUGGUAAAAAUAACAUGAUUAAUAAAAAACUAAUUUAUCCACAACACAAAGACUACGUUAACGAUUACAAUCCUAAUGUAAGUGCAGCGAUAUACAAAGAGUAUGCGUCGGCUGCAUUUAGACAUUUUCACACAAUGAUACGUGGUUACUUGAAUUUGAUAACUGAGGAUCGAAUACUAGCGCGAUCUGUACGCCUGAGCGACUGGUUCAACCGACCGGCUUUACUGGAGAAAGGCGACGGCUUUGAUGAUCUGGUCCGUGGCUUAUCAUAUCAAGCAGCUGAUAAAAGCGAUGAGUAUUGGGACUUUGAAGUCACACGAUUUCUUUUUAAGGGAAACCAUUCAAGUGGUGGUGAUUUACGUGCUAUGGAUAUACAGCGCGGCCGAGACCAUGGUCUCGGUACUUAUGUGCAACUCAGAGCUCACUGCGACUUGUCCGUCCCUGAUACAUUCAAAGACCUGAAAGAAUAUAUGUCAAAAGAGAACGUUCAAAAAUUGAAAGAAUUAUACGAAUCAAUUGAGGAUAUAGAUCUAGUAGUUGGUGGUUCUUUAGAAAAACAUGCACCAGGAGCUCUAGUCGGGCCGACAUUCCUUUGUAUUUUAUUGCAACAGUUUCUGAACGUACGGAUCGGUGAUCGGUACUUCUAUGAAAACGGGAAAGAUCAGGACAUCGCAUUUACUUUACCUCAAUUAAAUAGUAUCCGUAAUGGGGCCUCUAUGGCAAGACUUCUGUGCGACAACGGACACAAAAUUACAUGGAUGCAACGAAGAGCCUUUGAAUUGGUAUCAGAUGAAAAUCCAUUAGUGCGAUGUGACGAAUUGCCGGCAGUUAACUUGACAUUAUGGCAAGAAUCUGUUCCAGAAGAAAAAGUAGUUGAAACACAAUAAAAAAUAU